AUACGGGUUAUGUUCCUCUCAUAUAUUUUAUGAUGGUAUGAUACUAAACACCUAACGGGAGGGAUUGUGUAUGAUAUUCAUAUGAUGAAGACAUAAUCUUUCAAUCAGUUUAAUUGAGGUCUGGAGCUGGCAUGUCAGUAACUGCUAUUAUUUCUUUGUUAAUGUAUUUAAAAUUUUUAUUUUGUUUAGUUUCUUUUGUUACCUACUCUGACAUCGGCUUCAGACUUCUUUUAAACUGAGUUUAACUGUGCUUUGUGUUUUCUUGGUUGAGAUCUCAAAAAACAUGUUUUACUACGCCGCUUAUUUGCGCCUGUCCCAAGUCAGGAACAUCUGGUCUUUGCUAGUCUUGUAUGAUUUUUAAUUUUAGUUUCUUUUAUUUAUUUAGUUUAGUAUGAAGUCCAUUGUUACUGAAGUAGAACAUAUUUUUUAAUGGGCCAGCUGAAGUACGCCUCCGGGUGCGGGAUUCUUUUGCUGUAUUCAAGACCCAUUGGUGGCCUUCUGCUAUUUCCUGCUCUUUGUUGUUGUCUCUUUGACACAUUCCCCAUUUCCAUUCUCAAUUUUACUAUUUAAACAAAACUAUAGAAUAAAAAUAAUAUUAGUAAAAUUUCGCCCUGUUUGUCAUACAAAUAUAUUCUACGCUAUACUAAUAAUGAUCAUUUAUUUACCUGUUCAGACAAUUAACAUUUAAAUGCAAUUCAAUCGAUUGAUAUUAUGUUAAGUAGUUUUAUUAAUUGAUGUGCAUGCAUCAGCCGUGUGUAUAUUUCAUGUUUAUUUAGAAGGACAGUUUGAAGCUGUGUUUUAUUAGACAAGAGAUCUAGACAUAAUGGAAGAUAAAGAUGUGUCAUUAUCCCUUUACCAUUAUAUGUGCAAAAACAUUGGCGGAUCAGAUAAGCACGUGAAAACCAUACGAUUAAUGAAUGCAGUUUGUGAUAAUGUAUCCAGGGAUAAAACAAGAGUGGAUAUUACCAGUGGUAGUUUUGGUGAAGGAUUGCAGAUGCUUGGUAGUGAUCUAGAUAUGAUGUGGGUAUUACAAUUCAUCGAGGUUCACGAUAAUACAACAUCUUCUGUUUUCAAUCCUACAAAACCGUAUUUGUCACUGAUGACAGAUGAUACAAAACCAGGUUUUGUAAUGUUACGUCUUGUAAGUAGUCCUUAUUCUGGUAUACUAAAAAUUUGCGAACAUUUUAGAAGGGAUUCUUAUCUGUCAAAUGUCUUAUUCAAAACAAUAUUUUUAAGCGAGUCCGCUCAACUUGUACAUGGACCUUGUAUAUCCGACAUAAAUGGUCAUGUUGACAUAGCUAUUUGUCUUCAUAGUAAAUCUUGGAUCCAGCCUGCAUCACGAUGGAAUACCAGAUCAAAUAAUUCAUGGCCAAAUGAAAAUAUAAAGCAGAUGAUCAUCAACCAUGGGGUGUUGUUUGUACCGAUUGGCGAUAAAGGAUCACCGUAUGAGGAUUUGGAAUGGUGAAUUUCCUUUUAAGUUGGAGAAAGAUUUCUUGUUUAUACGUUUAGUUAUACGCAAUUACUAUGUUACGCGCUCAUGAAAAUUCUUUUAAAGGAUGUAAUAAAUACUGACAGUAGAUUUAAAGAUUUAUUGUGUUCCUAUUACCUGAAGACAAUAAUUUUCUGGUUAUCUGAAGAAUUAAAACCUUCUGUAUGGACACCUGACUAUUUGAUACCUUGUUUUAUGAGAUGUUUCCGUCGACUGAUUUAUUGUGUACAGUAUCAAGUUUGUCCCCAUUAUUUUAUUCCAGAAAAUAACAUGUUUGAGAAAAAAAUAGAAGGAUUUGAUAGGGAUAAUCUAAUAGAUAAACUUCGUGUGCUUUUUAGUUAUGUAUGGCGAUGCAUUUUAUUUUCUGAACAAAUAUCAAAUGUUUCGGUUUUGUCGUGCAACGUUCAAAGCAAUCAAGGUUACUUUUAUUAUGAAGACAUUAACAAAUUUUUAAAGUCAAAAAUAUUUUUCCGUGUUUCAGCGUUAGGAGUUGAACACAAUGAUGUCAGUAGAUUAGUUUAUAAUGUAAUAUCUUGUACCUCCAAAACAUUGAAAUUCAUUCAUGCAUAUUUCAUGUCAUUAGUGUGCAGGAAUAAAUGUCAGUCAAUGUACAUUAGCAGUGUAAUCAGUAAUAAGAAUAAAUAUAAACAAUACCAUACUUCUCUGGGUUAUUUACUGAUGAACAUCAACCAUGAUACAGUCUCUGGGUGGUUGAUGAUUGUUUCGUUUUUCUACAUGCAAAAUCAAUAUACGAAAUCUCUUAUGAUCAUUUCAUAUACAUUAUCGAAGUGUACACAUGAAAAACUAUUCCGUGAAAAAGAAUUGUCGGUCAUGCAACGUCUUCAAGUCAAAUUGCACUUAGAACAAAAGCAAGGAGUGGUGCAUUCGUUGAAAUCUGUACUAGUACAUAACGUCAUUUUUUCAAUUAAUACAUUUAUACCUAUGGAACUGUCAACAGACGAAUCUCAUUUUGAAGUAGCACCUGUAGUUUACGCACAUUUUUUGUCUUUCCUAUGUCAUUACCAUCUGAACAAUGUACGAGAAUGUCGAAAUUCACUCCGAGAUCUUCGGUGGACAAUAACCGAAGAUAAAUUCAUAGGACAGGAUGUCACUCUUAAAUCCACAGCUUACUAUUGUCUUGGUACUGCUUUACAGAUAAUAGGUGACAAUAAAUCAGCCAAACAAGUUUUCCAAGAGACUGCCGAGUUAUAUCCGCAUCCACGUUUGAUUAGGCCAUUGGAAAAACUUCUAUUUGUUCUUUGAUAGCUUCCAUGUGACAUAUCUUAAACAGCAACUUUACGUGCUUCAUCAAGUUGAUAGAUAAUGACAUUGAAUGUUGCUGUUAUGUCACUUUUUGUGUUUUCUUUAAUAUUGUACACUCUUAUCAAAUAUUUAUUCUAUUUUGAAUAAUUCUGAUGCCUAUGAUUUGUUAUCUACAACAUAAGUUUUUGCUUAAAUAAAAAAUGAAUGCAU